AUGACCUCGACUACUUCCCCAAGCUCACCUGCCCCCGGGAUGUUCAGUGACAUCACAACCUCCUUCAUCGUCCCGUUCCUUCUUGUCACAUUAAACCUGAUCGCAUACAAGACAGGCAAUGAUGGUCGACUACCUGCUUUCAACGUUUUCAUCAGCCUCUACCUACUUAGCGCCUACUUUAGACGUGGCCGACCUUCGACUAUCGUCACGACUGGUGAUGGUAAAUCUGUUCAGAAAACAGAAUCCUCAAAGUCAGACUCCAAACAAAAGAGAACAUGGAUGAAAGUUCUGUUUGGCAUUGUAGUGUGUUGUGCACUCGCAAUCCCUAUCAAAUCAUUAGUUGAGCUCGUGCUCGACCAAUUCGGCAACCGUGAGGAUGUCAUUCUCCCUCCGAUGUACGGUGACCAUUGUGGCACAGUUGUCGGAACUGCUGGUCGAGAUGACGAGAUCGCCUACAAAUACUACAGUACCAAAGGCUCCUGCGACACAGUAGCUGAGCGAGACACCAUUCGCGGAGCUAUCGAAGAGCAGAUCAAGAAGAACUACCCACAAGAUCUUUGCAAAACUCAGUGCUUGGAUCUGAGGAAGUCUGGACUGUGGAAUGGUUACCUUCUUGUUGGCCCAAGUUCGAGGUUUGAUCAUGAUAGGUACUGUGGUCCUGAGCUUCCGGAUCUGAAGUUUGGAGAGUGUGAGGUCCGUCGCAAGAUGUGGGCAGAGUAA